UAUUAUCCUUCCCAACUGACGAUAGGUAUAUAAUGUGGACAUAUGAAAGAAGAAACUGUUUAUAAAAUGGAUUAAUAAGUCUAUCACCGAUAGCUUCAAAUUUGUAUACAAACAAAAUGUAAACCACAGAUGCAGUUACAUAACCUCAAUGUUUCGAACUUAACCUCAUUCUUUGACACUGACCAAAGUCGCUCUAUCUCUUUCAGGCAGAGGCAGUUGUUGUAUCUGCUUUCAAGGCCCGAUGCUCUCUUUCUAGGGCCAAUCCAUAUAUUAUUCAGUGGAUUAUUUUAUUGUCAAUUUGCAAUGGAAACAGCUGAUGUUUCAGAUUACUUCACGUUAUUACCAGAUGAAAUUUUACUAGAAAUAUUGGGACACUUAAAUACAUUAGAUGUGGUUCAUUUUUGUGAGUGCUACGAACGAUAUGAAUAUCUUUUUGGUGAAAAAAAUAUAUUUGGAACUAUCAAUCUUUCAAAGAAAACUGGAUUUAAUAGGACUCUUUCCUUCCCGGUGAUCACGAAGAAAUUGUGUCCAGAAAUAGUUGCAGUGCUCAACAUCACUAACGUUUACUGGGUACCAGCUGCAGAAAUAAGAAAAUGUUUAAAAAAGUUCGGAAAUCUCAAAGAACUUUACCUUAUAGGGACAAAAAUUGGCAUCUCAAAGACUGACACCCAAUGUUACAAAUCAAAAAAGUUGAAAAAAUUAUCAAUCACUAUAGAAGAUAAAGAAUUACAAGACUCACAAGCACAAUAUUUCCCCAAUAUUGAAAGUUUAUGUGUUCAAAUUAUUUCAAAGAAAGAUUUCACCUGCCAAUAUCGCUUACAAUGUCUAAUAAAAAAAUUGAAACAUUUAAGUGAAUUAUGGAUACAUGAUAUUACAAAUUCUUAUCCACUAGAUUAUGAUCAUUUGGCAUAUACAGGCUGUAAUUUGAAGAUAUUUGCCUUCAAAGCAUUAUGCUCAAUGUUUAGUGAUUUGAGGUUCAAGGAUUUGACUAAAAUAUUUAUCAGUGAAAAAUCAGGAAGGGAAGCAUAUUAUGAGAAACUAGAUGUGAAAAGUCCUGAUCCUCGAGCAUUAGCAGUUAGUCCAGCGUGGAAGGUAUUGAAUGAACUUCAUGCAGCACCUCCAUAUGGUUUAUAUGAUGCAAAGAGAUUAUAUUUUGGAAAAACAGACAUAAACAAAAUAGAAUUUCAGGAAUUGAAUUUUAUGCAUUAUUCAACUUCAUGCUCUCCUAGAUAUGUGACUGCAAUAAAAGAAAUUGUUGCUUCUGAUAACUGCAAAAAGUUGAAUAAAAUCGCAAUAACCAACUGUUUAUUCAAAGAUGAGCGCCUGCAGAAUUCUGACGAAAACCCUAAGAAAAAAAGAAAAUAUAACCACGAACAACCACUUUCAGAAGAAGAGAAAAAAUUUGUAGAUGGCUUGAGUAACCUCAAAAAACUGGAACUCUAUGCAUGCUGCAGAUAUGAAGGAUUCAGAAUAUAUUAUUUCAUACAGUACCUUACAAAUUUAACAGAAUUGACUCUAGAAGUUCCUGCUUCCCUGAAUGGAAUAUUCAUCAAAAAGCUCUUUGAACAAUGUGUUUAUUUAGAAACGCUGAAGGUUAAUGUUGUGUUAUCAAACGAAGCCUUCAAUCACGAUUUCUGUAUGAACAUAUCGAUGGCAAAAAAUUUGAAAAAUCUUAGAUAUGAGAUUUAUAGAAUUUCUUUAGAGCACAUUUUUUUUGGUUUGGCACAGAUGACCAAAAUGGAAAGAUUAUUCCUCAAAUGUAAAUAUGUAGAUAACUUUGGGGAUGUUUAUCUUAAUAGGUUCCUCAAAGGAAAUCCUAACUUAGAACUGAUGAUAGUGAUUAUUAACACUGCUACUGAAGGUAUGUUGAAAACGCUAACGAAAAAUAUGAGACUAUAUAAAAAUGGGAGUAAAAUGUUUUUCGCCAAGAAAGACGAGAGAAUUUUUACUGAAGGUUUUCCAAUACCGGAACACCAUUACUAUGAACUAAUUUCUCCUCAUACUCAUGUUGCCAAUCUUAAUAUAUCGGAUGACUUUUAUCUUAGGUAGUUUAUAAUUAUUAAAUUAUUGUUAAAAAAUC